AUGACGAAGAGGUACAGAAAGACGGAGUUCCUGGGCGAGGGCCAGUUCGCCACGGUCUUCAAGGCCGAGGACACGGAGAACGAGGAUAAGAUCGUGGCCGUCAAGAAGAUCAAGAUCGGCGGACGGGACGAAAUGCGGGACGGGGUCAACCGGACGGCCCUGCGAGAGAUCAAACUCCUUCAAGAACUCCGCCACCCCAACAUCAUCGGGCUCCGCGACGUCCUCGGCCACAAGUCGAACAUCAGCCUCAUAUUCGACUUCAUGGACACGGACCUAGAGGUGAUAAUACGAGACUCGUCCAUACUUCUCACCCCGGGACACGUCAAGGCCUACGCAGUCAUGACACUGCAGGGGCUGGAAUACCUGCACAACAACUGGAUCCUCCAUCGCGACCUCAAACCCAACAAUCUCCUCCUGGAUCGAAACGGCAUCCUCAAGAUCACUGAUUUCGGACUCGCCAAACCGUUUGGGAGUCCCAACCGCAUGCUCACGCAUCAGGUGGUGACUCGGUGGUACCGCAGCCCCGAGCUGCUGUUUGGAGCUCGGCUGUAUGGCACCGGAGUGGACAUUUGGGCCGUGGGGUGCAUCAUAGCCGAGCUACUCCUGCGUGUUCCGUUCAUCCCAGGAGACACCGAUCUCGGACAACUGACAAAGAUUUUCGAGAUCUGUGGGACACCCACAGAGGAAAUUUGGCCCGGGUGA